GCGUUCUAUCGCCACAAAAAACUACUGCAGGCAGUCUUGGCGCAACGAUCAAGUCUUCACACGUUGGUGCAGGAGGAACUACAGCGCAGAUUGCGACAGCACAGCAUCUUCAGUCCCCAGCAGUCUCAGACGCAAAGCAGCAACUGACACUAGCGACAAGUCCACAGUACCAAUCUUCGAAAGUCGGCGCUGCAGUUGUGCCACAGCAGGUCAUCCAGGUUUUUUCGAAGCCCUUUGUUCAGACGCUGAAGGUUCGCGCAGUUCUGAAUACUACGC